CUCGUUUAAUCAAGAUGAUAAUUUUAAAUUUAAAAUAACAGUAAAAUUUUUUUUAAUGUCAUAAAUUAGCGAUAAUAUUACUCUAAAUAGUCCUUGGUUCCACUAAAUAUAAAUUUAGAGUAAAUAUUACUUUAAUAUGAUUUGUAAUUUGACUUAAAAUUGGUAUUAGUCCUGUGUGUGUAGUGUUUCUGUUAUACUAACUAUAUAUUAGUAUAAGAUUUAAUGAGUAUAUAUCAUUUCAUCCUUCAAGAUAUAAAAUAACAAAAUGGAAUUAGGCUUUUCCAGUAAUAGUUUAGAAAACAUAAAGUUAUCAAUCAUAAAUGAAUCAUCUAUAUUUAGUACUGAAUCUACACUCAAAAAAUAUGCUGAAACAACUUUGAUCUCAAAUAAUAAUAAAAUGUUUAGUAAUGUAAUUUCAUUAGAUGACUUGCCUCCCAUGCAGGAUGUUAUGACCAAAAAUGAUUGUGAAUCUUUUCCAAUCAUAUCACAACAAUUGGAUACAACAUUAAUUGCAGAUAUUCAACAAACUUUAUUUAUUCCAUUAACACAUGAGAACCAAAACUUUCUUACUGAGAAAAUAUUAGGGGAAAAUUCUGUAUUAAACAAUAAAAUUUCAUCUGAUAACAAACUAUUUAAAGGUAAUUAUGAAAAAAACAUUAAUAUUGAAUAUGAAAAAGAAGAAUGUAAUUUAAACUAUUCAUAUAUAUGUGAUGAUAAGAAAAUUGAUAACUUCAUCUCUUGUCCUCUUGCUGCUAAAAAAAAAUCAAAUAGAUUAAUUAAGAAAAAAACCAAUAAACUUACCAAUUCACCACAUAUAUCUAAAAAGUUUCGAUGCACCUCUUGUGAAUGGACAUUUCAUAAAAUGAGCUUGUUAGAACGACAUAUGCGAACACACACAGGAGAAAAACCAUUCAUGUGUUCUAUUUGUUCAAAAUAUUUUACUCAAAAAAACUCUCUGAGUAGGCAUUUAUUGAAACAUACUGGACAUUUGCCAUUUGUAUGUGAACAUUGUAGCAUGAAUUUUUCUCAAAAAGGACAUUUACUUAAUCAUAUAAAUAGAUGUCACUCUAAAUUAAAAGAACCUACUAGAAUACAUAAGUGUAAUCUAUGUGCAUGCAUUUACAAUAGUCCUAAUGCCUUAAGUAAACACUUAAAUAUAUAUCAUGGCUUGAAAAAUAAAAAAUCAAGUAAUACCAAUAAUUUAGUGUUACUAAAAAAUGGGUUGAGUACAGAUUUCACACCAAAACAAGUUAGCUCAAUAAAAAUGUAUUCUAUAAAUUCUGAUGAAAAAGAUCUAAAAGAAUUCAAAGAACUUAAUUUUAAAAAAGAAUUAAGUGUGAAUUCAAAGUUGGAUCUAAUCAAUAAGAAGAAUUUACCUUCAUUAAAAAAUGCAAUAAAUGAAGUUCCUAAAUUAAAUAAUAGGUCAGCUAAGUUUGAUGAUAAUAGUGAACCAAAAGUAUUGUAUGUGCCAAAUAUAUCUGCUGAUUUUAAUAAAAAGAAUAUUACUACAAUAGAAAGGAUAAAGCUAAAAGUGUGUGAAUUUUGUGGCAAACUUUUUAAAAAGAAUGCUGAUUUAGAAAGACAUAAAAGAAUACAUACAGGUAGCAAACCUUUCAAAUGUAAUGAACAAGGUUGUGUUAAAGCCUUUGCUACAAAAUGUUCCUUAGAGUAUCACACUAUAACUCAUUUGGGUAAAAUGAAACGUGCUGUUUGUCCAUUGUGUAAUGGUCUAUUUGCUACAACAUCAUCAAUGAGAAUUCAUUUGAGGCAACACACAGGUGAAAAACCUUUCAAGUGUCCUGUUUGUGGUGAUGCAUUUCGUACUUCUGGACAUUUAAAUACACAUUCAAUGAUUCAUGAGCGUAAAAAAAGUUUGCUUAAAUAAAUUAAGCUAACAACAUUGGCACAUUUUUUUCUUACUCUUAAACAUAAAAUAUUCUUAACACUUAUAAAUAUGAGUAUCAUAUUUAAUAAUUAAUUAUUAAUAAAUUUCUCUGAAUGAUCUGAAAUUUAAUUAUUAAAAUUUUAUAGAAUUACUCAUGUCUUGAAUAAAUGUUGAUAGUGUCCAAAUUUAUUGAUGAACUAAUUGAUUGUACAAUUUAUAAUUUUGUGAUAUGAAAUUGAAAUUAUUUUUUUAAUUUUUACUUCUAUAUAGUUAAUUGUAGACAUUUUCUUAU